CCUCCCACCCCCGGUAUCAUGCUUAUCUAUUACAAUUCCAUUGAAUCCGUUCCCACACUCUACUCCAUGUAUACAUUAUGUCUUGAGCGUUGUGUGUGUUUAUGUGGACCUUGGUGUCUCAGAUGUGUGGAGUGGUGUAUCUUGGGGCAGUGAACUGCCCUGUCUCAAGUACAUGAAUGUGAGAUGGUAUGUGGCAGUAAGCCUGGGUGUUUAAUGGCAGCAUACUGGAACAUUUCAAAUGUGAGACGACACAUAUCUGGGUGUCUCAGGCAUCUUUUGCAGCAUAUCUGGAGGUCUCAUUGUGUGUGUGUGUGUUUCAGUGUAUCUGGGUGUGGGAGGCAGUGUGCCUUCAUGUGUGUGCACAUGCAUGUGUAUGUGUACCUGCAUGUCUGAGGUGUGGUGUGGUUAGCAUACCUGAGCAUCUCUGGUGUGUAUAUGGUAGGACAAAAUGUCUCAUGUGUAUAUAAGUAUCUCGGGUGUAUGUGUAGUAUCUGCAGUGUAGACCUCAGGUCUGAAAGGGCAGUGUCUCUGGGUUCCUAGGGGUACAGAGGCACUGUGCCAUAGUAUCUUAAGAGUGAGCAGGGCAACAAACCUGAAGUCCGCAAUGCUAAAAUCUCAGGUGUGAAGAGGGCAGGUUUCUCAGUGGUGGUGGUGGUGGUGGGGAUGUGUGGUAGAGGAUCUGUUUCAUAUAUGAAGAAUAUUUUUCCUGUGGUCUGUGUAUAUGAAUGGCAGGAUACCUGGCUGACUCUGAUGUGUCCCUCCUUCUUUACCUGAGUGUUUCUGAUGGGUUGAUGGUGGAGCUGGUGACCACAUCUCUGGUGUCUGAGUGUCUCAGGUGCCUACCCUGGACUAUGUGUCUGGAGGAGAGUGUGCCAUCCCUAGGAGUUCCUUCUGCAGACAUGCUCCCAGAUGUAGGCUCCCUGUGGCUGCUGAGGCUACUCCGGGACAUCCAGCUGGCCCAGUUUUACCGACCCAUCCUUGAGGAGCUGAAUGUUACUCAGCUGGAGCACUUCGACUUUGUAAGACCUGAGGACCUGGACAGUAUUGGCAUGGGCCGGCCAGCCCAGCCCUUAUUCUGGCUUCCCCCAGCCCAGCGCAGACUGGCUGAAGCUCUGAAGAGGCACCGCUCCAGGCACAAGCCUAAGAACUGGGUCUACAAGAUCCUUGGGGGGUUUGCCCCUGAGCAAAAGGAGACCAUGCCACCCUCAGACAGCCCUCCGUCCCUCUGUGAACCAGAGGGGGGACUCAAGUGUCUAAUCCCAGAUAGUGCUGUGUGCAGAGGGGAGCUGCUGGGCUCCGGCUGCUUUGGUGUGGUGCACCGAGGGCUGUGGACACUGCCCAGUGGCAAGAGUGUCCCAGUGGCUGUCAAGUCCCUCCGGGUGGCUCCCGAAGGCCCUGUGGGCACAGAGCUGAGGGACUUCCUGCGAGAGGUGUCCGUCAUGAUGAACUUGGAGCACCCACACGUGCUACGUCUGCACGGACUGGUACUGGGCCGGCCUCUGCAGAUGGUGAUGGAGCUGGCGCCACUGGGCUCUCUGCACACACGCCUAACCGCUCCAGCCCCUACACCCCCGCUGCCCGUGGCCUUGCUCUGCCUCUUCCUGAGGCAGUUGGCCGGGGCCAUGGCGUACCUGGGGGCCCGUGGGCUAGUGCACCGGGACCUCGCUACACGCAACCUACUGCUGGCUUCACCGCGCAUGAUCAAGGUGGCCGACUUCGGGCUGGUGCGGCCGCUGGGCGGUGCCCGGGGCCGCUACGUCAUGGGCGGGCCCCGCCCCAUCCCUUAUGCCUGGUGUGCUCCAGAGAGCCUGCGCCAGGGGGCCUUCUCUUCUGCCUCAGAUGUGUGGAUGUUUGGAGUGACGCUGUGGGAGAUGUUUUCCGGGGGCGAGGAGCCCUGGGCCGGGGUCCCGCCAUACCUCAUCCUGCAGCUGCUAGAGAAGGACCAGGCCCGGCUGCCUAGGCCUCCUUUCUGCUCCAGGGCCCUCUACGCCCUCGCCUUGCGCUGCUGGGCUCCCCACCCUGCUGACCGGCCUAGCUUCUCCUGCCUGGAAGGGCUGCUCCAAGAGGCCUGGCCUCCUGAGGGGCAUUGUGUACGGGAUGUCACAGAGCCAGGUGCCUUGAGAAUGGAGCCUGAUGAUCCCAUCACUAUCAUCGAGAGCAGCCCCAGCUCCACAACCUGGAAGGGCCAGAAUGGUCGCACAUUCAAAGUGGGCAACUUCCCAGCCUCCGCAGUGAUGCUGGCAGAUUUGAGGGCCUCACCAACCACCCGUCCAAUCCACAGAGGCUCCCCUGCCCGGGAAGAGCAACGCAGAGGAAGCAUAGAUGGGGACAGAGCAAAGACAAAGCUUCGGGAGUUACCUCUGGCACGGGGUCAGGGAAGGAACGUUGUGCCCCUGCAGAGGAUAAAAGGCAUUUCCAAGAGUAUGGAAUCCAUUCUAUCUCUGGGCCCCCGCCCCACAGGGGGUGGUUCAAGCCCCCCAGAACUUCGACACGCCAGAGCUGUGCCUCAGGGACCUCCAGGCCUGCGACCCUGCCCUCCCUUUGCCUCCAGCUCUUCUCAGCCCAGGCAAUCACCUAGGGAGUGGCCUACCGGACCCAAAAGAGAACCACAGCAAAACCACCCCAUGGGAAUGCCUGGAGCCAGCAAAGCCACCGUCCCCUCUGGAGGCCUUUUGUCCGACUCCGAGUUUCAGAGGAGGGUUAUGGAGGUGGAGCUGAACGUGCAUGGAGUCACCCACCAGGAGUGCCAGACAGUAUUAAGAGCUACUGGGGGAGAUGUGGUUUCUGCCAUACGGAACCUCAAGGUGGACCAGCUCUUCUAUUUGAGUAGCCGAUCCAGAGCAGACUGCUGGCGCAUUUUGGAACAUUACCAGUGGGACCUCUCAGCAGCCAGUCGCUAUGUCCUGGCUCGGCCCUAAGCUCUGCUCCCUUGGGCAUGGACACCAGCAUGCACCAAGGGCCUGACUAUAUGGGACCAAGCAGAAUCAGAACAAGGUCCUGACAGGCAGACUUUCCCACUUGAGAAGAGCCUGCUAUAGGCAAGUACAGGAGGAGCCCAAGGUCAGGCACAGAUGAGUAUUUCUUCCUCCUCUGCCCCUUGGCCUCUGAGGGCUCAAGGUCCCUUGGCUGGGUCAUAGAAGGAUAUAGUCCACUCUGCCCACUUUUCCAACCAAGAGAACUUGGAGGAACACAGCUGCUACACUUCAUACCCACAGGAAGCUUCUACUUCUACAGAGAAUGAUCAAGUGGCCAUAUGGGAACAGCCAUCCUGAACUGCCCUCAACUAUCACACUGGGCUCUUGUGGGAGCACCCAUCUUGGAUGAUGGAAGCAGCCAAAUAGGCUUGGGGCACAUGGCCCAAACUGCCUUGGCUUGGGCCGGGGCCAUCAUGGGUGAUGAAAGUUGCUCUCUUGGAUGCAAGGACACUUGAUCUUGGUAGUAUGGAUUAU